GGAGGGUUAACCUCAAGAAGUGGUUAUGCGUGCCAAAAGCUCCCGUUCAUGCGCUAAAGUUCAUUAGAAAAUAACAACAAUGCUUGGGAAAGUGAAUAUUUUGAGGGUGAUCGCACCUCCAAGCCGACUGGGAAUUUGCUGCCUGCAUUGGUCUUCUAAGAGAAUCAGGAGCAGUUUUAUCGAUUAUUUCAAGGCCCUUGAUCAUCACCAUGUUCGUUCAAGCCCUGUGAUACCAUGGAAUGAUCCAACCUUGACUUUUGUCAAUGCUGGUAUGAAUCAGUUCAAACCAGUAUUUCUCGGGCAUACCCAGAGAGCGUAUCCUUGUGCCACCAGCAGCCAAAAGUGCAUACGUGUUGGUGGCAAACAUAAUGACCUCACAGAUGUUGGAAAUGAUUCUUACCACCACACGUUCUUUGAGAUGCUUGGAAAUUGGUCAUUUGGAGAUUAUUUUAAGAAAGAAGCAUGUUCAAUGGCCUGGACACUGUUGACAGAGGUGUAUCAGCUGCCACCUAACCGUCUGUAUGUCACAUACUUUGGAGGAGAUGAAACUAUGGGCCUUGAUGUUGAUAAUGAAGUGAAAGAUAUUUGGAGAUCAUUAGGGGUUGCUGACAACAGAAUCAUCCCUUUUGGGAUGAAAGAAAAUUUCUGGGAGAUGGGCAUGUAUGGUCCCUGUGGUCCUUGUACUGAAAUCCACUACGACCGCCUGGGACAUUCAUUAGCCUCAGACAGAGUCAAUCUGGGUGUGGAGGAUUUAAUAGAGUUGUGGAAUGUAGUUUUCAUUCAGUAUGAAAGGUUAAAAGAUGGCAGCCUGAAGAGUCUUGAUACUUACUAUGUGGAUACUGGCAUGGGCUUAGAAAGAAUAACAGCUGUCUUGAACAACAAAAUAUCUAACUAUGAUACAGAUCUCUUUAUGCCCAUUUUUUCUGCCAUAGAGAAGAUGAGCGGUAGAUCAGCAUAUACGGGAAAAUUCAGUGAAGAUGGUCGUUGUUUAGAUACAGCCUACAGAAUCUUGGCAGAUCAUGUGAGGAUGUUUACAGUGGCCCUUGCAGAUGGCAUGUUUCCAGAAGACAGUCACAAAUUACGUCGCAUAAUAAGGAGAGCCAUUAAUAUCGGUGGUGAUCAAUUUGGUUUCCUCCCUGGAAAAAAUUGUCUAAUAGAUCUGACCUGUAUCGUGGCUGAAAGUCUUGGUGAAACUUAUACUGAACUCUGUGACCAGCUAGCAAAAGUACAUAUUAUCCUUGACCAUGAAGAAAAAUACUUCUAUGAAAUACAGGAAAAAUUAAGUCGUGACUGGAAAGAUCUACUUUUGCAAAGACCAGAGUUGAAGACUGUGUCUGACCUACAAACUCCAGGUAUGAUUGAAGGAAUCCGAGAGAUCACGGGUCAUAUACAAGAGUGGAAAAACUACGACUGUAAACUUCCUGGAAACAUGGCAUUUAAACUCUAUGAUACUUAUGGGCUUCAUGCUGAUCUAAUAGAAGAACUUGCAGAAAUCUAUGGCCUAACAGUUGAUGAGGAAGGUUUUCAGUUAACCCUUGAUAAGUCUAGACAAAAAACAAAAAUUAUUGGUCAAAAAAGACUAGAAACAUUUAAGAAAGAAGAAUUGCUCAAUAAUCUAGUUGCACUGAACCUUCCAGUAACAGAUGAUAGUGCCAAAUAUCAGUACAGAACCUCUAAUGCUCGUUAUCAAUUUACACCAGUAAAGACAACGGUUUUAUUACUCUUACAAGAUGGAAAACUAAUUGAGAAAGUUACUGGUGGAAAAAGAGUUGGUGUUCUUCUUGAAGCUAGUAAUUUCUACCAUGAAGCUGGAGGUCAGGAGGGGGACACUGGAAGACUCAGCACAAAUAAUGCAGAAAUUGACAUCACAGGUGUGGAUAAUAUUAGUGGCUAUGUAAUUCACUGGGGUAUAUUGGAGAAAGGCGAAGUAGCUGUUGGAGACACAGUAACAGCUACUAUCUGUGAAACGAGGCGAAUAGGAUGCAUGCAGCACCAUUCAGCAACGCACCUUCUCAACAGUGCACUUAAAGCAUUAACAGGUUUAUCUUGCCAGAAGUCAUCUCAUGUUGCUCCAGACUAUUUUUACAUACAAAUCCGGACAUAUCAAGCUCUAGACCAUGACAUCAUCCAUAAAACUGAAGAAAUAAUUAAGAGAUGGAUUGCUAUGAAAAGUCCCAUCAAUAGAAGAACUAUGAACAUCACAGAGAUGUUGCAGGAACCAAACAUAACCCUCUUGCCAGGAGAAGUGUAUCCUGACACUGUGCAUCUCAUAACCACCAAAUUGGUUGAUGAUGGUGAUAUAUCCAAAGAGGAUGAAUUUCUUAUGUUAUCAUCAGCUGAGCCUUGCUGUGGAACUCAUCUUUGCAAUACUGGAGAUAUUGGCAAUUUUAUCAUCACAAAUAUUAACACUGCUGGCUUUGGAAAUUUCCGAAUCCGUGGUGUGUGUGGGGAAAUAGCAGUAAAAGCAGAAGCAAAUGCAGCAGAAGCUCUUCAACAGUUGGAAGAAUGGGAGAUGUUAACCCAAAAGGAAAUUGAUGCUGGUAUCAAAGAGAGAGUGUCCAGUCUUGAAAAGGAAAUUGCCACCUGGCAGAGUGUUAAUAGAGAUACCUUAAUGCCAUACCGUGCACACUCCCAUAUUAUUGAGUCCACUGAUAUUUAUAGAAGACUUUUGAGGAAUGCUUGUAGAGGAGAUGCAAAUAAGGAGAUGGUGAAUGAGAUGAAAAAUAUUAUUGAGCUGCAACAAGAUGGCCCCAUCCUCCAUCUCAUGCAGACAAACUUUGGUACAAGUAAAGCUGUAUUAAGUAAAGCUACUGCACUUGCCAAGCAACGGCCUAUACUGGUAUUGGCUAAGUCGGAAGGGGUUAUAAAGGGCCGAGCCACAAUACCUGAGGAGUUUUUGUCUUGUGGUGCCUCAGCUACUGCAUGGAUGACCUGUGUGAGUGAAGUCUUAGGAGGGAGAGUAAAAGCCCCAAGGGGACAAAAUCCUCUACUGGUGUGUAAUUUUCGUAGUAAGAAGACAGACUUCACACUUAUAGAGACUAAACUGAGGGAAGCACUUAAAUCCUCAAAAGAUUAUAUAGAUGACUUUUAAUGGGUUCAAAUAAUGUUUCAUUGUUCUUUAUACUGACUUUAUUAUCAAGUUGUAUUCAAUAGCAGAAAUUGUAUGUAAUUUUACCAAGUUAUUUUCUAUAAAAGACUGUAAUACAAAUAAAUGUAAAUGAUUUUGCUGUACAUAUUUAGAAAAUGUGCAUAUUGUACAAAAUGUGAAGUAAAAAUACUGGUACAUUAAAUAUUGUAUAUUACCAAAAGUGAAGUGUGUUUGUUAUUUAUACUCUGUUCUGUGUUCAUGAAAUAUGGAUAUAAUACAAUACAAAUAUUGCAUAAUUCUGUACUGUAAACUGUCCUUUCAUAAAACAAGAAACAUAAGAGAUGAUUAAAAUAAAUAAAGUAGUGUACCACAAAAUAA